AUGCCGUCGACGCACAAGAAGGAAAAGCCGUGGGAUACGGACGACAUCGACAAAUGGAAGAUUGAGCAGUUCACGGCCAAGGACAACCUGGGCGGCACGUUUGCCGAGGAGUCGUCCUUCGCGACGCUCUUCCCCAAGUACCGCGAGGUGUACCUCAAGGAGGCGUGGCCGCUCGUGACCAAGGCGCUGGAGAAGCAUGGCAUCGCGUGCACGCUCGAUCUCGUCGAGGGCUCCAUGACGGUCAAGACGACGCGCAAGACGUUCGACCCGGCCGCCAUCCUCAACGCCCGCGACCUCAUCAAGCUGCUCGCGCGCAGCGUGCCCGCGCCGCAGGCCGUCAAGAUCCUCGACGACGGCGUGGCGUGCGACGUCAUCAAGAUCCGCAACCUGGUCGGCAGCAAGGACCGGUUCGUCAAGCGGCGGCAGCGCAUCCUCGGCCCCAACGGCUCGACGCUCAAGGCGCUCGAGCUCCUGACGCAGACGUACAUCCUGGUGCACGGCAACACGGUGUCGGCCAUGGGGCCCUACAAGGGCCUCAAGGAGGUGCGCCGCGUCGUCGAGGACUGCAUGAACAACGUCCACCCCAUCUACCACAUCAAGGAGCUCAUGAUCAAGCGCGAGCUCGCCAAGGACCCAGAGCUGGCCAACGAGAGCUGGGACCGCUUCCUGCCCAACUUCCGGCGCAAGACGCUCAGCAAGCGUCGCGUGCCGCACAAGGUCACCGACAAGGCCAAGAAGGUGUACACGCCGUUCCCGCCGGCGCCCGAGAAGAGCAAGGUCGACAAGCAGAUCGAGAGCGGCGAGUACUUCCUCGGCAAGGAGGCCAAGGAGCGGGCGGCGCAGAACGAGCGCAAGGAGAAGCAGAAGGAGAGGAAGGAGGAGAAGCAGCGCGAGCGCGAGGCCGAGUUUGUGCCGCCCGAGGAGGGCGGUCGGCCGAAGAAGAAGCGGAAGAAGACGGCCGAGUAG